UUCUCUAUAUAAACCCAACCGCCUCUUCUUCUUUCUCUCAGGGCUCUCUUCCUCACACACUCACUACUUACUCAGAACCCAAAAGAGAAACAAUAAAUAUAUAUAUUCAUACAAAAAUGCCUGCUUCUUCUACAAUUGUUGUUUCCAAAUGCACAAUUUUUCCCGAACAACCUUCCUCUGUCAAAUCCCUAAAACUCUCCGUUUCGGACCUCCCCAUGCUCUCUUGCCAAUACAUCCAAAAGGGUGUUUUGCUCAAUUUACCUCCUUACUCCAUAAACGACCUCGUUUCCUCACUCAAACACGCUCUUUCCUCUGCUCUAUCUCACUUCCCUGCUCUAGCUGGCCGUCUCGAAACCGACUCCCAAGGCCAUAUUUACAUUGUCUGUAACGAUGCCGGCGUGGAAUUCAUUCAAGCCAAAGCCAAACACCUUUCACUGCAUAACAUUCUUCUUCCCAACGACGACGUUCCUGAUUGUUUCAAGGAAUUCUUCGCCUUCGACCGGACUCUGAGUUAUUCCGGCCACAAUAAGCCUUUGUCUGCAGUUCAGGUUACUGAACUAGCCGACGGUGUGUUUAUUGGUUGUACCGUUAACCAUUCCGUUACGGAUGGGACUUCGUUCUGGCAUUUCUUCAAUACCUUUGCUGAGAUUUGUAAAGGUGCUAUGAAAAUCUCGAAGUCGCCGGAUUUUAGCCGCGACACCGUUUUUAACUCACCGGCCGUGCUUAAAUUCCCCCCCGGUGGACCUAAGGUUACGUUUUCCGGCGAACAGCCUCUGCGUGAGAGGAUUUUCCAUUUUACCAGAGAAGCUGUUUUGAAGAUGAAGUUCAGAGCGAAUAAUAAUACCUUGAAAGUGAUGCGUAACGGUAUUUCGGACUCGGCCGAGAUUUUCGGCAAGCAGUCCAACGACAGCUGGAAAACCGCUAACGGUUACGACGGUUCUCUGUUAAAGAAUAAUAAUAAUAAUAAUAAUAAUAAUAACAAUAACAAGCGGAUGGAGGAGAUUUCGUCGUUUCAAUCGCUUUGUGCACAGCUGUGGCGUUCGGUGACACGUGCGAGGAAGCUAGAAGAUUCCAAAACGACCACGUUUCGUAUGGCUGUGAAUUGCCGCCCCCGACUCAAUCCCAAAAUGGACUCGCACUACUUCGGCAACGCGAUUCAGAGUAUUCCGACUUACUCUCCGGCCGGCGAACUGCUCUCUCAGGACCUCCACUGGAGCGCCGAUCUUCUCCACAAGAACGUGGUGGCGCACGACGACGCUACCGUGCGCCGGGGUGUUGAGGAUUGGGAGAAGCAGCCGAGGUUGUUCCCGCUGGGGAACUUCGACGGCGCGUCGAUCACCAUGGGGAGCUCGCCGAGGUUCCCGAUGUACAACAACGAUUUCGGGUGGGGCCGACCUCUGGCUGUUCGGAGCGGUAGGGCCAACAAGUUCGACGGCAAGAUCUCGGCGUUUCCCGGCAGAGAAGGUAACGGAAGCGUCGAUCUGGAGGUUGUUCUGGCACCGGAGACGAUGACCGGACUCGAAAACGAUCCGGAGUUCAUGCAGUACGUUUCGGCACCUGAGUAAAAACUAAAAUAAAAAAAAAUAAAAAAAAUAAAAAAGAAGUUAAACGGAAAAAAAAUGGAGAAAUUGUCGGUGACGGCGACGGUGACGGUGACGGUGACCGAGACGGUUACAGGAGGAAGUUAUAGUGUACGGGUCAAGAAGUUUGGGAGGGUCCGUUUGGACUGUGGAGUACGCCGCUAGAUUAUUGUGGGGGGCCUGAUUUGGACGGCUUUAAACAGCGAAAGUUUUGGCCGUUUUCAAUUUGGAAAAGUAGUAGUUUGUGUAAUAUGGCUUUUGUAUAUUAUUACAUUUUACAGUCUUCAGUUUCCACGUGACUAAAUUCGAAGAUAUAUUAUUCAUAAAAAAAAAAAAAAAAAGCUUGGCUGAAAUUUACUUGACCUUUUUAUAUCUGUAUGCAUAUCGCACUAAUAUGCUUUGGGUUCAAUUUUCUAAAAAAAGCCAUUAUGCUUUUUCUCUCCAA